GGCGGGGGGAGGUGACUUGAUGUCAUCCUAAGCAGCUGGGCGGCGGGUGCCGGUGCGCACAGAGCCCGGGCUCCCGCUGCGCUGCGCCGCGCUGCCGGAGUCCCGGGACGUCAGCCGAGGCCCGCGCGCCGCCGGGGCCAGCCCAGAGCCCGCCCAGCGCCCGGCCCCCUCCCGGGGCUGAGCUGGGGGCAUGCUCCAGCCCCCCCGGAGUCCCGGAGAGGACCCAGGAGCGCCGCCGCCCAGCCCCAGCGCCCCGAGCGGUGGAUCCGCAGCGAAGGAGCCCUGAACGGCUGUCCCCUCCCCGCAGGCAGCCCCGAAGGGUUCUGCGACCAAAGUCUGGGUUUCUGAGAAAGCCAGCGUGGGAACCUUGACUGGACUCUUCUGGACUCCAGGAAAGACCUAAGGCCUCAGCUGACCCCUUUCUACCUUGCCUGCCCCCCAGGACUGGGCAGUUGCCGAAGGUCCUGGGGGGGGGCCAGGACUGUCGUUGUGCCGCCCCCCCCCAAGCCGGGCAGGAUGGGCCCGAGUUAGUCUGCCCUGCCUCACCCAGCCUCCUCCAGGCCCACAGGGAACCCCAGGAGUUCUGAACACUUGAUCUGCUACCUGCCCACCAUGGAGACGAAACUGCCCCCUGCAAGCACCCCUACCAGCCCCUCUUCCCCAGGGCUGUCUCCUGUGCCACCACCUGACAAGGUGGACGGCUUCUCCCGCCGUUCCCUCCGCAGGGCCCGGCCCAGGCGCUCCCACAGCUCCUCUCAGUUCCGCUAUCAGAGCAACCAGCAAGAGCUCACGCCACUGCCCCUGCUCAAAGAUGUACCAGCCUCUGAGCUGCACGAGCUGCUGAGCCGGAAGCUGGCCCAGUGUGGGGUGAUGUUUGACUUCUUGGACUGUGUGGCUGACCUAAAGGGGAAGGAGGUGAAGCGGGCAGCAUUGAAUGAGCUGGUGGAAUGUGUGGGGAGCACCCGGGGUGUCCUCAUCGAGCCUGUCUAUCCGGACAUCAUCCGCAUGAUCUCAGUGAAUAUCUUCCGGACCCUGCCGCCUAGUGAGAACCCUGAAUUUGACCCUGAAGAGGAUGAGCCGAACCUUGAGCCUUCGUGGCCACACCUGCAGCUGGUAUAUGAAUUUUUCCUGCGUUUCUUAGAGAGCCCAGACUUCCAGCCCUCUGUGGCCAAGAGAUACGUGGAUCAGAAGUUUGUCCUGAUGCUCCUGGAGCUGUUUGAUAGUGAGGACCCUCGAGAGCGUGAGUACCUCAAGACCAUCUUGCAUCGGGUCUACGGCAAGUUCCUGGGUCUCCGGGCCUAUAUUCGCAAACAGUGCAACCACAUCUUCCUCCGGUUCAUUUAUGAGUUGGAGCACUUCAAUGGUGUGGCUGAGCUGCUGGAGAUCUUAGGAAGCAUCAUCAAUGGCUUUGCGCUGCCCCUGAAGACCGAGCACAAGCAGUUCCUGGUUCGUGUCUUGAUUCCACUGCACUCCGUCAAGUCGCUGUCUGUCUUUCAUGCCCAGUUAGCAUACUGUGUGGUACAGUUCCUGGAGAAGGAUGCUACCUUGACAGAGCAUGUGAUCCGAGGGUUGCUCAAAUACUGGCCCAAAACCUGCACCCAGAAGGAGGUCAUGUUCCUGGGGGAGAUGGAAGAGAUUCUUGAUGUCAUUGAGCCCUCCCAGUUUGUGAAGAUCCAGGAGCCCCUCUUCAAGCAGGUGGCUCGCUGUGUUUCCAGCCCUCAUUUCCAGGUUGCAGAGCGGGCUCUGUACUUCUGGAACAACGAGUAUAUCCUGAGCCUCAUUGAGGACAACUGCCACACUGUGCUGCCUGCUGUGUUUGGGACCCUCUACCAAGUCUCCAAGGAGCACUGGAAUCAAACCAUCGUAUCUCUGAUCUACAAUGUGCUCAAGACCUUCAUGGAGAUGAAUGGAAAGCUGUUCGAUGAGCUCACAGCCUCCUACAAGCUGGAGAAGCAGCAGGAGCAGCAGAAGGCUCGGGAGCGUCAGGAGCUAUGGCAAGGCUUGGAGGAGCUGCGGUUACGCCGGCUACAGGGGACCCAAGGGGCCAGGGAGGCCCCCCUCUCACGGCUUACACCGCAGGUGGCUGCCAGUGGGGGUCAGAGCUAGAGCCCCCAGAAGGGGAGAAGCAAAGUCCAGAGCCAUCAGUCCCUCCAUCCCUUCUCCUGCCCAGGGCCCAGAGGGGCACACACCUACCCCUGGCCUUGCCAGAGUGGCUCUGAGGACUCCUUGCUGGCCCCAUGUGGGCAGCUUUCACUAGGGGAGACGAGAAGGCGAGAUGGUGGUCUUGGCAGCAAAACUCCCAGGCCCUUGUGGCAAGACUUGACCAGGGCAAACUUGACCAGGAAGCUGCCAUCAGGGAUCUUCCCCUGCCCCGCAAAGCCGGGCUCCAGCUGCAGGCAGGCUCCCACCCCAGAUCCCAACCUGGGGCAAGGGCCCUUAGCACCUGGCUGCCCUUGCCUCUGGCUGGGUCUACAACUUUUCUCACCCCUAACAUGGGGCCCAUGGUCUAUUUAUUCUGCCCAGCUCACCCUCAACAGACACUGUCCUGGCCCUGGGAUGUCCUCCUUCCCUCCUCUCCCUCACUCUGUACUUCCUUAUCCCCUUUUUAUUUAUUGGGCAGGGGGAGGGGUAAGGGGACAGGCAGGAAGAGAUUUACAGUGUCCUGGGGUAAGGGGGUCACAGAACUCAUGGUCUAUCCCCCUUCCCCUGGCUGGGUGGGCAGACUUAAUAAAGAGAGAAACUCAAGA